AUGAAUUAAUAAUCGUUGUUAGUGGAAAAGAAUCUAAUCUAUCGUUUGUUUGAAAAGGACAACGUAAUAGGCAAGGGCAAAGAUUUGAUUUACGGAAUAAGUUCGAGUAUUUACAAAUUGAAAAAAAAUAAUCAUGUAACUUCAGAUUUUGAUGGAGAAUGGGGAUGGCAUGCUUUAUAAAUUUAUGAAAACCUCAAUCAGGAGGUGUUUGAGGCCAAAGUAAUACAAUUAUAAAAGGCAAUGACGACACAUCUGAAUCCUUAUUCAACAAGAAUAAUUUUAAUUGGAAAAGAACAAGUGCAUUAAAUGUCAUUUAAUUUGUUUGUUGUCUAUGAAUUUGGAUAAGUUAAAUCUGAUUUCAAAAGUUUGAGGGACUAGAAAGAAGGUCUAGAUGAUGAUGAAGCUACAGCGUUAUUGAAGUUCUUGUGUCAUAAUUAUAUGUUGGGUUCUCAAUUUACAAAUGAAUUUUUAGAUAUUAGUCCCCAAAACAUUUUCUUUACGGACUAAUCCUACAUUAUAUCUAAUUUUGGAAUAACCUAUGCUGGAACCAAAUUCCAUAGAUCUUAUUUACCGAUCACAGAUCCAAUUUUAAAGGAGAAAAAACCUUCGAAAAUUAAUAUUCUGUAUUCCUAUGCGUUUAGAGCUGGAUUGCUUGUUUUGACUCAAAUGACAUAAAUAGACCCCAAGGAUUUCUUUUUUGAAGAUGGCUAAUUCAGAGAACAACUUUUAGAUAAUAUUUUAUACCUAAUUUAAGAUGGAGAGGAGAAGGAUAAAAGAAAGGACAAGAAAUUCAUCACCCAAAUACCUUAGUUCUUCGAUACUCUGACUCAUACAAGAGAGCAGGACUAUAAUGAAUAAAGGGCUCAAAAUCAAGGAAAGCAAUUCAAGUAUGUCAAAUCCCAAAGAUUCCUACAACAUAAAUAUCGUAAGGAGUUCUUGGAUAUUCUUAAGAAAUUGCUUAACGUGAACAAUAUUUAAAGUAGAUCAAUUUUCUAACUCUUGAUUGCUCAACCUGAAAACAUACUCUAAGUCGAAGCCCCUUAUGAUGAGAGAUAGGAGGACAAAUACAAUUACACAAAUGGGACCAUUGAGAAUGACAAGUUGAAUGGAUGUGGAAUCAUAUCAAUUGAUUAAGGGGAUGAGAAGGGCAAAUAGAAAAAUGUUGAACUCAUCCAAAUGUGCGGAGGAUUUAAGAGUGGAGAAGUAUCUGAUGCUUUUAAUAUCAUCACCAUUCACAACAUCAAAUAUGAAUGCAAAAUGUUCAAUCUGCAAUGUGAAAUAGAGUUUAGGUAUGUCUAUAAUGAGCUGCUGUAUUUGAGUGACAAGAUUGUAGCUCCCAUCAAUCCUAUUGGAAAACUCAAAAAAGAAACGAUAUACUACUUCAAAGGAUAAAUUGAAGAGGGGUAAUUAAAAUAGGGAAUCUCGUAUCAAUUGGAUAAUACUAUAUUUGAGGGAGAGUUCAAGAACAAUCAACCGCAUGAAGGGAGGUUGACUUAUCCCAACCAGGAGGUCUUUGAAGGGACUAUGGAUGGUUUCAAUAAGAAAAAAGGCAGAUUAAUUGUAAAAGGGAGAGUAUAUGAUGGCCAAUUUAUGAAUGAUUAAUUUUUCAAAGGACAUAUAGAAUACGAUGAUGGGGGAGUGUUUUAUGGUAAUUUUAAAAAUGGAUAAAAAGGUAUUCUUACAUCUUGAUUAUUAGUCAAGGCCGGAGUUUAUCAAUAUCCAAACUCGUAAAUUUAAUAUUAAGGUUUAUAUGCUGAGGAUCUAAGACAUGGCAAAGGACAAUUCAUUGACAGAUCAAAGGAGAAUUGUGUUCAAGAGGUUGUUUACAAUAAUGGGAUGUGCGAAACCAAACUUAAUGAGUAUUUUGAAAAAGCCUUGAAAGAAAUCUAAGAAAAAUAGAAGCAACAAAAGAGUCUCAAAAAACAAGAUCAAUAAGAAGAAGACAAUGAAGAAGAAGACAAUGAUGAAGAAAUACAAGAAGAUAUUGAAGAGAACCCAGGCGAUGACAAUGAAGACGGAGAUGAAGGCUGA